AUGGACGAGGAGCAUGAGGUACUGACGGACACUGGAGAAGAAGAACUGCCGUCGUACUAUGAGCGCGGGGUGCCGUUCCUACCGUGUGCGGACGCGCACCCCAAGGUGUCGUGCCUGGGGAAGGCCCUCUUUGAUGCGCGGGUCAUUGCUCGCUACGGCCUGGGCCUCAACCUGCCCUUUCAUGCCCUCUCGGCCAUCUUCCCACUCCUCCUUGCCACCUACCGGCGCCGCACUUGGCCCUCUCCACGCGGCUCGGCCAUGCUGUGCGAGCAGGACGAGCGGCGUACCGAGCUGCUCUCCUUCGCCAUGCCCCGGUUUGCCGAAGUGGUGUGGGGCCUCGCGGAGAAGCGCGGCUACGUCCGCACCAUCCCCUACGGCGCGCCUCUCCUCUUUGCCCUCGCCCUGGGAGUGGUGAUGCGCGCGUAUCGCCGAGAGCCUCGGAGCCUGAAGCCAGUCUAUCGCACUUUCAUCAAGCACGCGUUCAUGCUCUGA